UUAUUAAAAAAAUGGAAAUCAAAUUGUUGCCGUGUCCAGUGUGUUGUAAGCCUCAUUUUGACGACGUGGAUGCCCUAAGAACUACUUUAGUGAGAGCGGCUACGAAUUUAGUAUCUUGUCCGGUAUGUGCGGAAACCCUUUUAGGGCUAGAUAAACUUACUAUACACCUGUUUAGUCAUAUCAGCAACCACACGCAGUCUCGGCCUGAUAUAGAGGAAGUUUUGCAGCAGGAGAUUGAUACCAAAAUCGAAACUGAGUCAAACAACGUUCCAGAAGAACCAGUACAUUGUGACAUAUGUAAUUUCUCGUUCACGGACCAACAUAUCCUGGAUAUUCACCAAAAACUAUUACAUCAAACUCCUCCUGAUGUAAAAACUGGUACGUACAGCUAUCAUUGUCACUUGUGCAGCAAGAAGUUUAAGAUGAGGGGUAGCUUGAUGGUGCAUUUAAGGGUCGCUCAUUACGGUUUCAUCCGCAAAGAAUCUGCUGAGCCAACUGAACAAUUUACGAAGAAGACGGAAAAUGCCGAUGGUGACGAAUUUAUAGAGGUGGUUAGUGAAAAGAGUGCUCAAAAGUUUCAAGACAAUAAACAAUGGGAAUGUGAUGUGUGCUCCAAGUUGUUCACUACUAAAUAUUUUUUGAAAAAACACAAAAGAUUGCAUACCGGAGAGAUGCCGUACUGUUGUACAUUGUGCAACAAAUCGUUCACCUUCCAACAGUCCUACCACAAGCAUAUGCUGUACCAUUCAUCGGAAAAACCACACGUUUGUAGCGAAUGUGGACGGGCCUUCAAAGAACUCUCAACAUUACAGAAUCACGCCAGAAUACAUUCCGGAGAAAGACCAUUUAUAUGCGAAACAUGUGGCAAAAGUUUCAGACAAAGAGUGUCUUAUUUAGUUCACAGGAGAAUACACACUGGAGUGAUGCCUUACAAAUGCCCCACAUGUGAUAAAAGCUUCAGGUAUAAAGUCAGUCAAAAAUCUCAUAAAUGCCUCUUGAAUUCUUCCGUUGUUAUUGACGCUACAGACCAACAAACCUCUUCUACCUCACAGUCAAGCCCUAAGUGUGUAAUGAACGUCGACUUGGAUACUGGUAAUAUAAAUGUAGUAAUACAGGAACCAGAAGCACACAGGAUGGAAACUGUAGUGAGUAGUGAAUCUUCCGUGCAGAAGAAAUCAAUAUUAUUGAACGAUAAUGAACGGAUAGAGAUUACUUAUAAUACUGCAGAUUUAGGGAGCAAUAUUAUUGAUAAUAAAGAAAGAACUGUGCAGAAGACCGGUGAUACACAAGAUGCAUUCGAGAAACUGAUGUACACAGUUCCAGAAAAAGCAAUAUUUUCCCCAACCAUGGCGCUACUUCCUGAAGUUGAGUCUUUAUAUCUAAACAGUUCUCCAACGAAUAAUCUACAAAUGCAAGAAAUGCCAGACAGAGAAGAAACAAUCAACGAUAUGAGGGAGAAGUGCCUAGAAGAGUUAUUAAAAUCUAUAGAAUAA